AUGCAGCUGCGGUCGGGCCGCCUCCUACCCCCGUCGUUGGCACCUCCUCAAGGAGGCACGCGCAGUCCUGCGUGCUGUCCUGAGGACCGGCUCAGCGGACUACCAGACGAUCUGCUCAUCUUGGUGCUCGUGAGGCUUCAAUGUGCCUGUGAAGCAGCACGCAAGAGCGUGCUCUCCCGCCGCUGGGCCGGUCUCUGGAAGCAGCUCCCGGAGCUCACCUUCGAUGGUGUCGACGGUGACUCUGUCAAGGCUGCUCUUGCCUGUGUCACACGCCCCACGAUUGAGCUCCUCGACAUCCGUUUGAAGGCCAUGGUGGCUCCUGGGGAUGUCUCUUCUCUUCUCGGUGCUGCCGCACCGCUGGCACCCGACAAGCUCAUUGUUACUUUGGAAAAGUCUAUAAACCCCUUUGAGGCCGACGAGCUGCCCUGCUUAUCCCGUACCACCUCACUGCAGCUUACCGCUCAGGAUCUCUACGUCGCACCGCCACUGUUUGGCGAGUUCACGUCACUCAAGAGUCUCUUCCUACACUCAUGCCGCAUUGACCUUGGUGCCCUGCUUCCCGUCUGCCCGUGCCUAAGCAUUCUCAAGAUCAGCGACUACUGGGGGGGUGACGCCAUCACAGUUCACUCUUCUUCGCUUGAGGAGCUCAGCAUGGACAUCACUAGUUGUGAUGCCUAUGAUGACGGUUGUAUCGACAUCGUGGCCCCAGUGCUUAAGAAGGUCAAAGUGGAGGCUGGCCGGGCCAACAUACUCAGAGUGUCGUUCUUGGCCCCAGUGGUGGAGGAACUUUGCUGGUCGCUCAAGUACAACUCCCUCCACCUCUACUCUGAUUUUUUCAUGGUUACUGGUGAGUGGUGCCUUGGUGGCAUUGGAUUUCUGAUGUCCCUAUUCCCUCAGCUGAUGGAUGUGGAAGGAGAUGGUGAAAGACAAAGCAUAACAGAAGCUAUAGCUCGACUUCCGGUGACCAACUUCUCUGUUUUGGAGCUGUAUAUCUCGGCUAAGGCACAUGUUAUUGGACCACUGGUGUCGUGUCUUCUUCAGAUUUUACCAGCUACACAAAAGCUUAAGCUGGUCAUGGUUUGUCAAAGUGAGGAAGCUUCUUGCCCGUAUGAACAAUCUGAGAGUUGGAGAAGUGACAACAUCUCGCUGACAGAUCUGGAGGUGGUGGAGAUUAUAGGCUUUGCUGGAGAAGACCAUGAACUUGAUCUCAUGGAAUUUAUAUUCAGAUGUGCGCCAGCACUUGGAACGAUGUCUGUGACGUUCAGUGAGCACCUAUCUAGUGAAAUGGUGGAGGAAAUCUUCAGCAUCUCAAUUCGCUAUCCAUCUGUAGAGUUCAAAAUUUAUGUCGAAGAUGAUUCCCAGGAUGAAGAUGAUUCCCAGGGUGAAGAUUAUUCCCAGGAUGAAUGA